CCUUCUGCCGGCUCUUGGGUUAUCUGAGAUUAUGGGGCUGAAAGAAGUUGAGAGUCUUUCCGAUCCUUUCUUUCUUGGUGUGAAUGAUGCCGUGGCUUGACAGAUCUUGGUUUUCCUCCAUCUCUGAACCUGAUCAACCACAUCGUCAACUCCAAACCAUUCUCACACUCUCUUCCCCUUUUGUCGCUCGUUGGAGAAAAGACUUAGUCUUGCUGUCGAUAUGGAGGAUAUCGUGUCUUGCGAGACCUUUCUUCUCAUCCUCUGGAUUGGCACUGCAGUGUGCACCGUGUGCUUCGCAGCCCGUGCCUACAUUCGCUAUGUCUGCUUCGGUCGUCUCCUCCUCGAGGACUGGUUCAUGCUCGGCGCACUGUUAAUCCAGAUCAGCACCAGCAUCGUCUGGCAGAUGUACCUGCAAGACAUGUACAACAUGGCUCACGCCGUCCUGGGCACCUUCGUUCCAGGGCCAACUUUUCUCGAAGACAUGAGGGUGGCGCUCAUAGCGUGCGGAGUCAUGUCCAUCACGGUCUACAUCGGCCUGUGGUUGAUCAAGGCGUCUUUCCUAGUCUUGUUCUAUCGGCUCGGCCACAAGAUCCCCCUAUACCUGUACGCCUGGUGGGCUGGUACUGCUCUCAUCAUGGCGUGCGGAAUCGCGUCCCUCGGGCUAAACCAAUAUCAAUGCAUGUUUGGGGACAUCAACGUCAUCUUCGCUACGUGUCUGCAGCCGGAAUCGCUGCAUGAGGUCUACGUCAAGGAGGUCGCUGCCGCUACACUAGACAUCUUUUCCGACCUGCUCAUCAUCAUCUUCCCCGUCUGGAUUCUGUGGAGCACCCGCGUCUCGGUCCGUCAGAAGUUGGUCCUAUCUGCCAUUUUCUGUCUGGUAGGCCUCACCGUGGCCAUGACCAUCGUCCGGGGCGUGUUUGCGAGGACCAUCGCGGAGGACCCCAAGUACGCAUUGCAGCAGAUCAACAUUGCGUGGGUCUUUUGGUUCUUGAUGGAGUACCUUACAUCUUUCCUGGUCGCCUGCGCCAUCUCGUUCCGAUCGCUCUUCGUCCAAAGCCGCACCAAACAGUCGGCCGACUCGGAGCGGAGGCGCGUCUCGCCGACGACGCCGCUCAGGAAGCGACGCGUCAGGUACUACCUCGACAAGCUUUACGACUCGGUCCUCACGACGGCGCGCUACCUCGAGGGUGACGGAUGCGAGCACGAGACGUGGAAGCUCCCGGAGCCCGAGUCCGGCUUGAUGACGGUCGACUUCUCCACGGAUGAGGGUUGGCGCCGCCACUACGGGGAGGAUGGUGACUCGGUGAGGGCGUUGAAACCGUAUGGGAAUAGUGGGACGGUGGUUGUGGGUGUCGCUAGGUAGGCGCACGUUGUUUGUAUGAUUGUGUCUGUUUGUUGAGUACGAGCAUCUCACCGAGCCUUUGUUAUUUAUUCCCUGUGUUUCAUUUUCUCAUCUUCUUUUUCU